AGGACCAAGUGCAAGUAUGAGGACUCUCAUUGUCUUGGCAUCGUUACUACUUGGGAUAUACUCCUCAUCAGCAUUCGACAAAGAGGAUUCAUCUCUUCGAGCAAAGCGCUAUGUGAAUUUCGACCUUCUCAAGCCCUAUUUCUCAGCACUCAGAGGCGACGAUGCUCUCGAGAGCGUUAUUGAGAUUUUCAGGCCGAUCAUUUUGGAAACGAGAAAAGCACGUAAUCGACUUGACUGCAUUCUCAACCUACGAAGCUUUGAACUCUGUCGGCUCUGAACUGCAACUUCCCCACCACAAACGCCUAACGCCUAGUCUGAUCUCAAAAUGCCCAUUUGAUCUCAAUUUUCUAUGCUGUAUCGAGAGAUUUGCGGG